AUGAUGUCAUUAUGACGAUUCGGCACCACGUGACCUGAUCGCGCAACUUCCGGCAACAAACCAUAAAGCCCCUGCGCGACUCCGCAGCGAGCUAAACCGUGAGACCUGGACCUGGAGAAGGCUGGCGGAAUAAGACGCCUUAGGAUAUAUCUUAGCAUUAUUUGACAGAAGCUGUGGCGUUGUAUAGAAGUUGGCGAUUUUUGUUUUAUUCCCAGCGAGACAAACUCUAAAGCGGGCCUCCGUUCAGGUAGCUCAACGCCAAGGGCACCUAGGUAAUUGGACCGGUGCACAGAAAGCGGUGAUUUUGACAAUUUUAUAGCGGUCCUUUCUUCGAAGAAAAACAGAAUUAUGCCGUUCUUGGGCCAAGACUGGCGAUCACCAGGCUGCGUAUGGGUCCGGACAUGCUCGGGCUGGGAGAGGCUGCUGAGGCAAGAUCCUUCGCGGGAGUUCGGAGAAACCGAAAGUUUCCACAGGAUAGAAGAGCAGAACCAGAGGAACAAUGAGAAGCAUCAGGAUGGGGAGACAGUGGACAACAUGCCCACAUGUGGGGCUCAUUGUGCAGAACCAGAAGAGAGAAAAAUUUUGGAUGGAGUGUCCAAACUGCUGGAAGCAGCAGAAGACCAGCCCGGGGAUGGGGACCUGUUGGAAGGGGAGGUCUCCAAGUUACUGGAAGAGACUGGAGAGAGCACACUGGGAGAGUGUUACCACUGGGUGUACUACAGUAGGGACAGCACUCGAGAGUGCCAUGGGUAUCUGACCCUCGGUGAAGCUGUCAGAAAGCUGGAUUUCAGCAAUGCAGUAGAAGACACAAAAAGGUUCAGAUAUGUUUGUAGGCUGCUCCACCUACUGCUUGGUGAGAAAAUGACAGAGCUGGCUGGUAGUGCCCAGAAAAACCUCUUCAGCAUUCUGGAAAAGAUCGUCAACAGAGUCAUUGAGUCCCAGACAGACAUUGGUCCGAUCCACGAGCUGCUGACCAUGGCAGCCAAGUCGCUGUGGGAGGAGCGCUGGCACCACAUCGGCUACAGUAAGACACUGUGGAUCCAGCGCAUGGAGGCUCUGCUCAGGAUGAAGGGCAAUCUCAACAACAUCAGGAUCAAGGAGAGAAGUGAUGAUGGGAAGAUGGUCCUGACUGACCUGCCCAAUGAGGUCAUCCGUGAGAUUCUCCACAGGGUUGCAGACCACAGGGACAUCUUCAGCCUCGCCGCGUCCAACCGCGGCAUGUCGGAGUUUGGCAGGGACUGGAGGAUGUGGAAGAAUCUCUGCGAGUACCACUUCACCGAAGACCAGAUUAAGACAUUUCUGAAGGAGGACAAGGAAGACAAAGAUGUACCAUGGCAGGAAAUCUACCUCAGGUGUUACAGGAGGUUUGGUCCACGAGAAGUGUUCACAGACAUGCUGCAGCUCUGCUGUUCCUGUAAGGUUCUCUUCUGGAAGGACACAGGACACCCAUGUUUGGACCCAGCGAAUGCUGUCAGCCUCCCCAUCACUCCUAAGGACUUCCUCAAACUCUUUGAGAUGUGAGUUGCAGAUGGAAGACUUGUCACCUGAAACCACAUUCUAAACAAAAGACAUUUUUUAAGGCUGUAGUACUUUUACUAAAUUAGCCUUUCAUGUGGAAAGUGGCUUGUGACAUUUUGAAUACAAGCAAAAACAACAGUUACAUUAUUAGUACAUGUAUAUGUGUAAAAGAUAUUUCCUACUAAAAAUGUGUUCGUGUACAUAUUGUGAAAAUGGUGUAGUCUACUAAAACACAUGUAUAGCUCAGCUCAGCAAUGCUGGUCAUAUGGAUAAAAACGGUAACAUUAUCAUUUAUAAAAACAUACCUGUACGUUAGAAUCUACCAAGCUUUACAGCAUGAAUUCAAAGAAAUCAUGACUGUGACAAAAUAAUGCCUGGCUGGUCAAAGGGACAAAGUCCUGGAUAUCUAGUUGGUCAGCUAUAGAUCAAAGGCAAAUGUACAUACCCAGUAACUCUUACGUACACAUUUAUAUACGUUAACCAUCUUUUCUUUUCACAUGAAGUGGGUAACAUAUAAUUACUUUGGUUAUUUUUGUAAGCUACAUGUACAAGGUAUGUGUUGGCAAAUUGUCUUUUUUUUUCCUUAUAUUACUGAUGUUAGAAAUCAGUUACUUUUGAUAUUGAUAUAAUCAAACCAAUAGUUGAUGUUUGAAAAUACAAUCAUGCAUGAAAUACAAUCAAUCAACUUAACAUUCUAUCUUGACUAUCUUCUAUCUUGACUACUAGUAUCUUCUAUUACUGUCUUAGCAUUUAUCAAUUAAUAUCACUAAAAUAGAAAGUUUACUUUUUUGGGACAGUUUAAACUUGGAGCUUAUGUUAUGUUUUGAAAAGACUUUUCCUGUAAUAUUAUCUAUAUUUACAUAUGACACAGGAUUAGGAUGAUACACACCUUUUGUGGUACAUAUUCAAUGAUACAUGUACUGUAUUAGACAAGUGACUAUAUUCCAAAUGCAAACUUGUACAGAUGCUAUUCUUUGUAUAUGUAGUAAAGAUAUACACACAUAUGUUAUAGUCAUGUACCUGUAGAUCAACAUUUUGUAAAAUAUUUGAAAUAUAUAAUCUAUGUAUAUCACUAUGAGAAAUAUAUAUAUCGUACCCUACCACAGU